AUGCUAGUACCUCCUAAACACGAUACAUCUAAACGAAGAUCGGUCAGUUAUGAUGCACAACGGAUACGGAUCCCCUUUGCGUCCACCCGGAACGAGUCCAGAGGCAGCAUUACCAGCGAGAGCAGCUCUAUGGCGUUAGCACUGGCUCUGGGCCUGGGCCUGGGCCUGGGACUGGGGUUGACCCUAACGCAGAGUGGGCUUCGAACGGAGUACUUGACAUCUUCAGGAGAACAACAACAACAACAGCAACUAGUGCUGCAACUGCACCAGCAACAACGAGUGUUUUCUGAUAGUGCUGUGUCUUAUCUGACUGAUGGUAUGACCUCACCUGGGGAUAAUGACAGUACUAUAACGGACAACUUCAACUUUAUACCAUCAUCUUCACAAGGUGAUGGCAGUGGAAAAGAUGUGCUACCUUCGAAUAACCGUACUAUCUUGACUCCUAUUUACGGUAACCAGUUCGCUGUGCCUAAUCUGGCCACCACCACAGCCACUCUUGACAUGAUGGAAGAGUUUGUAUCACCCCAGUUGAACUCCGAUAGCGACUACGGUGAUUCGCCAGGCCAUUCCAACCCCAAUAGCGCAAUUGGACUGCUACUUAAGGAGUACAGAGAUAGCAAGAGUACGUUGGAUGUUCUGUCGUCUACCAAGUCUUCCGAGGAUAGCUUGGGUCACUGGCCAGAACAGCAUAGAGGAGCAGGAGCACAACCACCACCUUUACCCGAGUCCUAUACCAAUAAAAGGCAAGAACUACAACCAUCAUCCUUGUCAUCAUCGACGACGAUGACUGACUCUGAUCCUUCUCAUCAGAACCAUUUCCGUACAGAUUCAACGUCUUCAACGGUGUCUUCAACCUCCACAGCGUCCACUAUCAACAAUAUGAAAGAUGCCAAACACCGUCGUUUUGUUAAUUAUGCCAUGAUGGCCACGGCAUCUCAUUCUGACCCCUGGAGCAUUGAGAACGUUGUACGAUGGCUUGAAAACAAUAAGUUUAAUGAUACCUGGAAGGAAACGUUUCGAAAGAAUGAAAUCUCCGGAAAUAGGUUCCUUGAAAUUGGUAAUUAUGAUAUCAAUUCAAGUACCUGGCAACAGUUUGUCAAGUAUAUUGACACCAGCGAUGAAUACAGCACUAUUGAAAGGUUCAUUGAGCUUAUUAAAAAGGAGGAAUACGCUUUAGAUAGGAAACCUGAAACAAGAAAGAGUUCUCAUGAAUAUAUAGUGUCCCCCAUAUCUGCUGUUGGAGGGAGUAGUGGGGGAGCUAAAGGUCAUAAGUACAUGAGUUCUAUUUCUUCCAAUGGUUCAAGCAAUUCAAGUUCCAUUCCUACACCUUCCAGACCAUUUUCAUUCGUUGAUUCCUCUAAAAAGGAUUCAAACCAUUCUCCACAUAAUAUGUUUUUCAAAAAGUCGUCCCAUUCAGAACAAAGGUCAAGUUUAUUAGUUGAACCAACCAAUGCACCUCCUAUAGAGUUGAAGUCCGGUCAUAACAGUAAUAAUAAUAAUGCUAUUCCAUCCUCCUCCACUUCUGCUUCUUCUACUACUACAAUCAAUACCAGCAAAUCAAAGACAGACGACCUUAGCAAGGGGAAAUCUUCAUCGAUUUCUUCAUCAUCAACAUCUGGAACUACCAAAAAUCAAGGAUCUUCUGGUGAAUCUUCUAAAAGAAACAGUAUUUUCAGUUGGAGGAAAAUCACCAAUGAAAAGUCAGCAAAUACUGCCAAAACUUCCCCUAUUCUGAAUGUCAAACAAUCAAAGAUUCUACCAACUGCUAAAUUCAUUCAACACCUUUCAAAUGAAACUUCACUGCCAUAUACUGCUGCUCAGAAUUUUAGGUCAACUUCAGCAGGUGAAAAAUCAACCAGACCGUUAUCAACAUUUGAAUGCGGCCAACGAAGCGUUCUGAAUGAUAGCCAGAAAAGCAGCUUGUCAGUCGAUAAACCCGUGAGACCAGCCUCAAGCUAUGAUGGCUGGCAGAAUCACAAUCCCACAAUCAGCGACAAUAUGAGCAGAGGAGCAGGAGCAGCAGCAGGAGCUCUUAAGGGCAUUGACGAGAGAUUCCUACCUACACCCAGAAUGGAAAGUACUCCAAUCACCACGUUGCUUAUUACUAAAGACAAUAAACUGUUUACCGCAAUUGAAAUCCCUAGUAUUGAGUGUUUGAAUGCCAAUUUGGUUAGGAACAGAAUAAUCGAAGGGUUAGGAUUACUUAAAAUCGGUCAAAUCUGUAUUCACAUGACCGAAUUGAACUCAAGAGAGGGUUUCCCUUUAUCCAAUGAAUUAUUAUUACUUGCAAUUCAAAGGAAGCACUAUAAGUUUUAUGUUUCUCAACAUCUUUCAUCUCCAAAUACAACCAACACGAUAUCUACAUCAUCAUCUGAUUCCAAAUCAUUUGAAAUGAGACCAGAUGGUGGUGGGAAACAAUAUCCAGCGACUCCCGAGUAUUUAACUCGUCCUAAUGCCCACCAAGUUGAUUAUUGGUCUUACAAAGAUGGAAAGAUACCUUCACAACAAUAUCACCACCAAACACCAUCGGGCUUAGAUAUUGUUGACGAGUCAAGAUUAUCAGUUGGGUCACACUUAAUGAACUUGAAGUUACCUCCAAUAAUCCCCAAGGCCAAAACACCUGUUCUUCUGAUUAAUACCUCCAUAUCUCCUGCCAAUAGCAAUUCCUUUAAGGUAAUUCGAGAUGAGAAGCCAGUCAUUGAUUUCAAUAGAAGAAGGUCUGUUGAAAAUAAAAGACCAAAGCAAAUCCAAAGCAUCCAUGUAUCUUCUAUUUCGAACACUUUGACUUCACCUAUAACUGCAUCAACUAUCAUUUCGGAAGGACCCCGGAGUUCAUCUUCUACCAAGACCAUCGAAGAAACGAUCCCAGAAGUUUCAACUUCCAUACACAGAUCCCCCUCGAUUAAAAGUGUUUCCACGAUGAAGUCAGAGCAUCUGCUGGAUGGAGAGAAACGGAACGUCACUAAUAUAGUGGCCAAAAGAGCACCCCCACCACCCCCACCAAGAGAUACUUCUAAUGCUACUACUACCACCAAAUUAAGAAAGAAUACCCUUUCCAAUAAAUUGUCUCAACUGCCAUCGAUAUCUUCUGAUGAUCUGAUUAUGUCCCUGAGAUCAAAUAGUAUAAAUGAGUCCCUAAGAAGACGAGGAAGCAGAAGAGUUACUUCUGUGAACUUAAAGAUGACUAAGAAAGAAGUAGAGUUUGAUCCUUUUAAAGAGAGUAACAUUAGUUUCCCCCAAAUGAAUCUUACUCCAAUUGAAGGUUGUGAUGAGAAUAGUGAUAGUGAUUCUUCCGGAUCUGAUUUCUUUGCUCAUCCAAUGCCCGAUGUUGGCAAAAGAAAUAGCAAUGCCAGUUAUGAGAUCAAUGAUGAUAGUUUUAUUGUUGAUGAUGAUAAAAACUCCAGCUGCAAUAGUGACAGCAACAGAAAUAAGUAUAGACAGAAGAGUAAUACUCCAAUGCAUGUUAGACCACCUGUUGAUGAAGUUUAUAAAAAUCUUGAGAAGUUCUUCCCCCAUACCAACUUGGAUAAACCCAUUAUAGAAGCUGGUUCAGUUACUCCAAUCACCACCAGUGCCAAUUCAUCAUUAACAUCUGUUGAAAUCGGUCAUCAAAUGUUUGCUAGAAAGCCUACUAUAUCACGAACAUUUUCCAAUGCCAAUAUAUCACCUAUAAAUCCACCAUCUGAGUCUUUAGAUGAUACCAUGAUGGAAAGAGAGAAUACUCUUCGAUUCCCCGGACGAAGAAUGAAGUCUAUUAGAGUUGUUGCCAAUGAAGGACAGAGAAGAUUCAAUGAAGCCAGAAAAAUCUCUCCCCCCAAUACUUAUGAAACCAAUUUCAAUGAUAAUAUUAUUAGCAACAGUGACGUUAUAGUUGAUAAUAAUAACCAAUUUGGGUUGGCAAGAAGCAAUACCAAGAUGUGGGGUCAAAAUAUUGUGGAAGUUACCCCCAAAGAAAUUGAAAAGGGAUCUGUUAGUCGGAUCCGAAACAAUAAGAAUGGGAAAUUCGAAGAGUUCCGGUGGAUUAAAGGUGAACUAAUAGGCCGAGGAUCUUUUGGAGAAGUGUAUCUUGCCUUGAACGUUACCACAGGAGAAAUGCUAGCAGUGAAACAAGUUACACUUCUGCUGGGGAUUAAAUCACCUGGAGAUAGAUUUGAUGCCUUCCACAAAGAGGUGGAGACCAUGAAAGAUUUGGAUCAUAUCAAUAUAGUUCAAUAUUUAGGGUUUGAGCAUAUUGGGAACACUGCCAGUUUAUUUCUUGAGUAUGUUGGAGGAGGAUCUGUUGGAUAUUGUUUGAAUAGUUAUGGUAAAUUUGAAGAUCCUUUGGUCCGGUUCAUCACCAGACAAGUAUUGAGUGGGUUAGAAUAUCUACAUUUGAAUGGGAUUCUUCAUCGGGAUUUAAAAGCCGAUAACUUGUUAUUGGAGAUUGAUGGUACUUGCAAAAUAUCUGAUUUCGGUAUAUCCAAGAAGGAACAAUCUGACAAUGUUUACAAGAAUAUUCCCGAAAUGUCGAUGCAAGGGACCAUCUUCUGGAUGGCUCCUGAAGUCAUUGAUAGUAAUGUCAAUGAGAAGAAGGAAGGAUACAGUGCCAAAGUUGAUAUUUGGUCGUUAGGGUGUGUUGUAUUGGAGAUGUUAGCUGGGAACAGACCCUGGGCCAAUGAAGCGUUGGUUCGAGCCAUUUAUUUAAUUGGUAAGACCAAACUGGCACCUCCAAUCCCCAAAGAUAUAGAUAUCACCAAUGAUGCUCGAGAUUUCCUUGAGAAAUGUUUCACUAUUAAUCCUGAAGCCCGACCUACAGCAAAGCAAUUGCUAGGGCAUUCAUUUAUGAAAGAAGAUGGUGAUUUUGUAUUUGAGAAGACCCUGUUGGCCCAAAUGGUUAAGUAUAACUCGAGAAAGAGUGGGUACUUGGAAUAG